CAUUUUUCAUAUUUUUUUUUGCCUGUUCAUCUCAAAUCUCUCUUUCUCAGCCAUGUCCUCUGAUAAAAUCCGCUCUCCGUUGCUUUUCGGUGCUUAAUUUCCAGCCGCUUCCCUUGUUAAUCGGUUUUCUCCGUCGAGUUUUCACAGCAGUCGGUGGAAUCGGCUAGGGUUCAUGGAAGCUCCAAUAUUUGAGGGUUUGAAUAUCAAUUGAACUCCGUUGUUAGUGUUAAAAGUGAGCGUUCCCUGUUCUGGAUUGCGAAGCUCCGUGAAAUAAACGCGUUGGAGAUGGGGAGUGAGGAUCCUGUCGAUGAUCGGACGUUCAAGGUUGAUUUCACCGGCGAGGGAAUGGCGAAACUUAGAGAGAGGAUAAAGCUGAAGAUGAAGGAAUUCAUGGGCGAUUAUACUGACGACACUCUCGUGGAAUACGUGAUUGUCUUGUUGAGGAACGGCAGGCGCAAAGAAGAAGCACAGAAUGAACUUAAUGUAUUUUUGGCAGAUGAUAGCCAUUCUUUUGUAUCUUGGCUGUGGGACCAUCUGGCUUCAAGUAUGGAUUUAUAUGUGGAGCCGCCUACUAAAUCUUCUGCCAAUGAGGUGCCCAGACCAAAGUCUCCAGUAGCAGAACCAGACACAAUAAAUAACUCUCACAAUCUGGAGUCUGAUUCAGAAAGAGGGAAGUCUGAAAAAUUAUCUAGUAGACGGCGUAAUAGGGAAUGGAGAGGAAUUGCUAAUGAUGAAACCCGUGUUGUUCCAAGAUCUGAAGUUAGUCGUGUCAAGCAUUCUUCUCCUGAACAAGUUCCUAGUCAUAGGAAAAGGAGCCGAGCGGAUGAUCAUCAAGGCACUGAGAGGGAGGCAGCCUUUCAGGUAAGCAUUGCUGCUCCUCGGAGGCUGCUCCAGUUUGCAAUGCGAGAUGCUGUUGCCACCACUAGGCCCUCUAGUGCAGCUAAGGAGCCCCAUUCAAAACGUCUUCGUUCAGUAGUUUCUACAUCCAAUAGUGACACAACUAAUUGUCCUAGGAGGCUUCAAUCGGUUGCAAAAGUUCCAAAUCCUAUGGCAACUGUGAUUAAGGCUGUGACAGAGGCAGCUGAAGAUGUGGUCAGAGUUAAAUCCUCCAGUGUUUUUGACCGACUUGGUCGUCAAUCUCGUGAUAUGGAUUUAACAGAGUCCAGUGGUCAACUUGCAGAAUAUGGAGUAACUUCUGUUGAGAACGAUAAAUAUGGGGAUAUGAAUCAUACGGAGGAUCGACCAUACUCAGCCACCUAUCUCGAGAGAAACAAUUAUAGUGGAAAAUAUGCUCUCAAUGAGGCCAUGUUUGAACCUGAAACUGAAUUAGCAUCAGAUUCUGCAUCUGAAAAUGAAGAUGUUAAUAUUCAGGGUCACAGAAUAUUCGAAGAUUCUUGGACUGCUGAAUCAGGAGUAAGAAGGGGAGGCAAUUUACGGACUGUGCCAUUCCGGGCAGUUGAGAAUUCUGAUGAUGAACGUGUGACACAAUAUAAACAGAAGGAUCAACCUUCCUUGGUUGCAAAUUCCUCACGUGACAUUGUAAAUAUCUCUGUGAAUGUUAAUACUUGGAAACCACCUCACUAUCAGGACCCAGGGCAGAUUCCUGAACUUGCUGGUCAAAAGUUUUUGCAGGAGAGUGAAUUACAACGUACCAGAUCUGCUGUGCAAGUUAUGGAGAAUGGCGAGCCAGUGACUCUUGUUAACCAACGGAAAAGACCUGCGCCAGACCUUCAAAAGGAGUUCCAGAAACCUCCUUUAUCUGCUAAUGGCCAAUUUCCUGGCACUCGUCCUCUAGAGGAAGCUGAUGCUCGAACCAUUUUUGUUAGCAAUGUUCACUUUGCCGCUACAAAGGAUAGCCUGUCUAGGCAUUUCAACAAGUUUGGAGAAGUUGUAAAAGUUAUCAUAGUAACCGAUGCAACCACCGGGCAACCCAGAGGGUCGGCUUAUGUGGAGUUCAUGAGAAAAGAAUCUGCAGAGAAUGCGUUGUCUCUUGAUGGGACUUCGUUUAUGUCUAGGAUUCUGAAGGUCGUAAGGAAAAAUGCUUCACAAGUAGAAGGUGCUUCAACUGCUACCUGGCCUCGUGCUGUGCGAGGCUCGCCAUUUCCUACUCCUAGAUUUACCAGAGUUCCAUUCAUGAGAGGCGUUCCGGGUGGAUUUAGGGCUCGUUCCCUGAUGAAACUUGGCGCCAGGAGCAUGCAGUGGAAGCGGGAUAGCCAGACCACAACUGCUGAAACUGGUGCUUCUCCCUCUGGUAAUUCUGUACCCUCAUCUGGUGCUCGUAGUCUCACCUAUGUUCGAACAGAAUCUAAGCCAGCGAACAAGUAGGAACCACUUGAUCGAGAGUUCUCUCCUCAAGACACUAUUCAAAAUUAUUUUGCUGAAAGAAAAUGACGCAGAUCCUCCCAAAAUUUGUUUUCUUUUUUGGUGGUUCAUGAUUUUUCAUGCAUCAUGGUGGAGGAGUUUGAGAAAGAAGACACCACGGGAAGUUUUAGCAGUUUGUAGGAGGCAUAUUUUUUUUUCCCCUUUUUUUGUUUCCAUUGGGGAAAGGAAAUUGGUGAGUGUUAUAGGUAGGAAACUCAUAAUGGCGGUUCGGAUGAUUUCAUAAUUUUGAGCUCCCCCUUCUGAUUCAGAAUAUUCUUGUUCAGUUACUAGAUUAAAAUUUGUGAAUAGGGGUAAGAGUAGACGUUUUUCUUUUGUUGAACGGAUAUUGUGAUAUUUUGUAAUUUUUAUUACUGUUGUGACACAAGAGAAUGAAAAGAGAAAAAAAGAAUAGAGUUACAUGAAAAGAAAAUGAAAUAAAUUUACCUA